AUGGCCCCAUCGCCCGUCACCUCCGCGGCCACGCCCGCGCGGGGGGGCGCCGCAGCCAAUCACCGCCCGGCGCGGCGUCACGCGGGAAAAACAGCGCCAAUCGCUGAGCCGGACUGCCCCGGCCUCGCGCCCGGGACCCGCGCAACUCACGGCCCCUCCCCAAACCCCGGCCCCGCCCCGCUCCCAUCCCGGGAUCCGCCCCGCUCCUGGCCCCGCCCCGCUCCCAUCCCGGGAUCCCGCCCCAGCUCCCAUCCCGGGAUCCGCCCCGCUCCUGGCCCCGCCCCGCUCCCAUCCCGGGAUCCCGCCCCAGCUCCCAUCCCGGGAUCCGCCCCGCUCCUGGCCCCGCCCCGCUCCCAUCCCGGGAUCCCGCCCCAGCUCCCAUCUCGGCCCUGCCCAAGUUCCCAUCCCGGGAUCCCGCCCCAGCUCCCAUCUCGGCCCUGCCCAAGCUCCCAUCCCGGGAUCCGCCCCGUUCCUGGCCCCGCCCCACUCCCAUCCCGGGAUCCCGCCCCAGCUCCCAUCCCGGCCCCGCUCCGCUCCCAUCCCGGGAUCCACCCCAGUUCCUGGCCCCGCCCCAGCUCCCAUCCCGGGAUCCCGCCCCGGUUCCCGGCUCCUCCCCAGUUCCCAUCCCGGCUCCGGCCCCGCUCCCAUCCUGGCCCCGCCCCAGUAUCCGGCCCCGCCCCGCUCCCAUCCCGGGAUCCGCCCCAGGUCCUAUUCCGGGAUCCAGCCCCGUUCCCGGCCCCGCCCAGCUCCCACCCCAGGAUCCGCCCCGCUCCCAUCCCGGGAUCCAGCCCCGCUGCCGGCCCCGUCCCAGCUCCCGGCCCCGCCCCAGCUCCGCCUCAGCUCCCCUCCCGGGAUCCCGCCCCGCUCCACUCCCCGCCCAGCCCGAGCUGCCCUCCCGGGAUCCCGCCCCAGAUCCCAUCCCGGUGUCCCGCCCCCUUCCCGGCACCAGGCACCGCGGGCCCGGCGCAAAGGCAGCGGCGAUGUCCUUGCGGGAGUGGGAAGCUCGUCCCGGACGGCUGUUGA